UAGCAGCUUUAAGAAGCGUCCCGUGUUUGUGUGUACGUUUCCAUAGGGAGCAGACACACGCGCACACACCCUCACGCACACAGCGAGUGGGGAUUAAACAGUGUGUAUUUGACCCGAAGACACUCGGUGCUUUCAGAGGACACAGACAGCAGCCGAGGAACUACACCCUGAGAUGAUUGCCAUAUGUGAAAGCUGAGGGCGGAGCAGCCUCUCCACUCGUCCUCUCGCUCAUUGUCUCGACUUGCAAAGGCCCAGUGUUGACUGAGCCACACCAGCAUUUUCCAACCAUGGAUCAGUUUCUGGAAGAUGAGUUGUGAACCUGAAGAACAGAGAUGAUGAAUCGCUACACCACCCUGAGGCAGCUGGGGGAUGGCACCUAUGGCAGUGUGCUGAUGGGGAGAAGCAACGAGUCCGGAGAACUGGUGGCUAUCAAGAGGAUGAAGAGGAAGUUUUAUUCAUGGGAGGAAUGCAUGAACCUAAGGGAAGUGAAGUCACUGAAGAAGCUGAACCAUGCAAAUGUGGUGAAACUGAAGGAGGUCAUCAGAGAGAACGAUCACCUCUACUUUGUCUUCGAGUACAUGAAGGAGAACCUCUACCAGCUUAUGAAGGACAGAAAAAAAUUGUUCCCCGAGUCAGCUAUAAGAAACAUAAGCUUUCAGAUAUUACAAGGCCUGUCGUUUAUUCACAGACAUGGCUUCUUCCAUCGAGACAUGAAGCCGGAGAAUCUGCUGUGCAUGGGUCCAGAACUGAUCAAAAUAGCAGAUUUUGGACUGGCCAGAGAGAUCCGCUCCAAACCGCCCUACACAGACUACGUAUCAACCAGAUGGUAUCGUGCUCCAGAGGUCCUGCUCAGGUCGUCUACCUACAGCUCUCCUAUUGACCUGUGGGCUGUGGGCUGCAUCAUGGCUGAACUCUACACACUCAGGCCUCUUUUCCCCGGGAACAGUGAAGUGGAUGAGAUCUUCAAGAUCUGCCAAGUCCUGGGCACCGUCAAAAAGAUGGAUUGGUCAGAGGGCUACCAACUAGCUUCUGCGAUGAACUUCCGCUUCCCCCAGUGUGUGCCCACCCACCUAAAGACCCUGAUACCGAACGCUAGCAAUGAGGCCAUCGCCCUGAUGAGGGACAUGCUGCAGUGGGACCCCAAGAAGAGACCCACUGCCGUGCAGGCCCUGCGUUACCCGUACUUCCAGGUAGGCCAAGUGUUGGGGCCUCGUCCUCAAAGCCAGGAAGUCAAAAAAGUCCAGGCCAGGCCACCGGCCCAGAAGCAGACCUCCGAGACCAAGACUGAUCACCAGCAGUCUUCCUCCGAGUCCAAAGGCUCCACACCCUCAAUUAAAAAUCAUCAGCAGCAGCAGCAGCAUCAUCAUCAUCAUCAGCCUCUUCAGCAGAUCCCUCUGCCUCAAGCUGAGAGUAAACCAGGAGCUGUCAGCCAUGCAAAAGCAUCGCAGGGCAGUGAAAACAGCGCUGGGGGUGGCGGGAUGGGGGGGCUGAAGAGCAGUCGCCGGCGCUGGGGCCAGACGGUGGCCAAGACCUUGGAUAGCUGGGAGGAAACCGACCAGUUAGAAAACACAGCCUCCAACUCCAAGAAACCAAGCCUGGGAAACGCAGAGGAGGAGAGGAGCUCGAAGGAGCACCACUCACAGCCCAAGGAGCAGAAACCUCUGUAUUCCUUCAGCACAGUUACUAAGCUGCCCAACAAUGUGAAGGUUGGCCAGGUGGACAACAGUCUUCCAGGAUCUGCAGCACGGCAGCACUACCUCAGCCAGUCACGGUACCUGCCUGGUUUGAUUGGCAAAAAUCAGAUGACCUCCUCGGGCGAUAAGGAGAUGAGCGCCAUGACACUGCGGGAUCUGUGGGAGACGUCCUCUGGCACUGUGAACAAACCACUGGCUCCCAUUGGAGGAGGACUAUCCGUCACCAGAACCAAUGCAGGGAACUUCGUAAGCACCAAGUACAACCUCUCAGGCGGUUACAUCCCUUCAUUCCAAAAGAAAGAGGUGGGGUCAGUGGGGCAGAGAAUCCAACUUGCUCCUUUGGCUGGGCAGCACGCAAUCAAUCUCUCUUCCUCUCCUGAUAAUAAAAAAGACAAAGCUAUAGCUGCAAAGCCCAAGCCCACAUCCAACUCAUCUUUGAGUGAAACCAAUGAAGAUUACGACGGCUGGAAGAGGAGGACAGACGGCUCUCAGGUGAAGGGGAGCAGCUACUCCGCUCUGGGGAAAACCUCUGGGAGCCUCCUGAGCAGAGCCCCUGCAGUACAGCCCGUCCACGGGAGAAUGGACUGGACAUCCAAGUAUGGCGGAAAUCGGUAGUUGUGGGGAAACAAGGAAUGAACAACUUCUGCUUGAUGGGCGGCUUUGCCAUGUGUACACAACUUUGAACAUUUUGACCUUUUUUAAGCUCAAAUCUGGAGGAAGUGGGAUAAUUUUGUAUGUUGCUCUAAAAAAAAAAAAAAAAGACAUCAAGGUGUGCACGACACAUCCCACGUUCUUUGCUGAGAAAUUUUCAUCAGGCAAGAUCCACUACACUUAUGCUGAGUCUGUAUAUUGUGGAGAUGAAGAUUGCCAUGAACCAAGACUGAUCCUGUCUGCAAGACGAUCCCUCUGUUUCCCUGGAGGAUUCAGUGUGAGCCAAUUCUACUGUUAGCAGGUGGAUGUUCUUAGUAGGAUCUAAAUGUUGCAUUGCUUUUUUAACUAGUUUUUAAAUUGUCAAGUAUUGUUUCACUACCCAUGGACAGAGUGUCAACAGCCUUCUAUCGACUGUUAAUGCUGCAUUCUCUCUGCUAUUAUCCACCAUAGUGUAGCUGAUAGAUUCUCAGUGUAAUGGCUAAAAGGCCAACAUCAACUUACUCUUAAUAUUAUGAGGUGACUUCAAACAUCUUUAUGUUAUGCAAAGCAUAAAUGGACAAUUUUGUAAGCAUUUUAUACAAAUAAAUAUUUGAAAGUUCAUAGCAUUCUUUUUUUUUUUUUAAAUAAA